UGCAGGGCGGUGGAACGCUGGGAGCUGGGACCGGGAAGCGCUGCCCAGCAGAGUCCCCGGGGCAGCGGAGCUCGGAACUCGCGGGGGUCACGGUGGAGCCCGGGCGGCGGGAUCGGAGGCCAGAAAGCCGGAUCCGGGUUGCACCCGGGCGUCUGUGCACACCUGAGGGCCGGCGGAGAGCGGCCCCAGAGCAUCAGAACUCAUGUUCCUCUGGGUAAACUGAUGGUGAUCUAUUUGUUUCAGCUUCUCCCAGCUCAUGCGUUCUUCAGGCCUUGGUAACUGGAAUGUUUUGUCUGUUCAGCCUCAAAUCCGACAGUGGGAUGGAAACCAAAGUGAAGUGUCCCAAGAUGUGUCGGGAUGAAUGUGAGAAAGCUGAGCCAUUGCCUAAGCUGUUUCUCUGAAUCAGCUGGUCUUCUCUGUCUCUAGUUUUAAAAGUUCCCUGGCAGUAAACUGAAAUCCAGAAUCUCCAUUGUUGGGGGAUGGGAGAGAUUUUAAAGUUUUCGUGAAAAAUGCUGAUCUCUUAAACUGCGAACGCAACCAAGAUGCCAAAAGCAAGAACCCCAGAGUGCUGCCCACCUCUCUGUGGUACCGCAUCAACUGCCUAACAAACCCAGCAUGAGUCCACUGGGCUGGACCAUCUGCUGGGCAGAGUUCCAGAACAGUGAGACGUCUGUGGAUUCACUGGGUUUAGGACAGACCUGUAGCUGCCAGCUGGUAGCUGCGUUGGGGUUCUUGAAAUAGCCAAGUCUGGAGGCCUGUGAUCUGCCCUCACACACGGUGCCCACCAGCACGAAGCAGAGGAAUGACCUUGCUCUAAUGUCAGGACAGUUAUGAAAGGAGGAGCCCUGUGUGUGGAAACCUGGGAAGAGACAGCCACCUAGCAUGUCCCCCACAAACCAGUCAGUAGAAGGCCUUCUUCUCCAGGAGGCCUCCAACAGAUCCUCAAAUGCUACAGAUACCCCAGGGGCUUGGGACCCAGGGAUCCUGCAGGCGCUCCAGAUCUCCCUUGUAGUGGUCCUGUCCAUCAUCACGUUGGCCACUUUGCUCUCCAAUGCCUUUGUCCUUACCACCAUCUUACUCACCCGGAAGCUCCACACCCCGGCCAACUAUCUCAUUGGCUCCUUGGCUACCACUGACCUCCUGGUUUCCGUCUUGGUCAUGCCGAUCAGCAUUGCAUACACCACCACCCGCACCUGGAGCUUUGGCCAAAUUCUGUGUGACAUCUGGGUGUCUUCAGACAUCACCUGCUGCACGGCCUCCAUCCUGCAUCUCUGUGUCAUUGCUCUGGACAGGUACUGGGCCAUCACGGAUGCCCUGGAGUACAGCAAGCGCCGCACAGCCGGCCACGCGGCGGCUAUGAUCGCUGCCGUCUGGGUCAUCUCCAUCUGCAUCUCCAUCCCCCCGCUCUUCUGGCGGCAGGCCAAAGCUCAGGAGGAGAUGUCCGACUGCCUGGUGAACACGUCUCAGAUCUCCUACACCAUCUACUCCACCUGCGGGGCUUUCUACAUCCCUUCCGUCCUGCUCAUCAUCCUAUACAGCCGCAUCUAUGCCGCCGCCCGCAGCCGCAUCCUGAAUCCGCCCUCGCUGAGUGGCAAGCGCUUCACCACCGCGCAUCUCAUCACUGGCUCUGCCGGCUCCUCACUGUGCUCGCUGAACCCCAGCCUCCACGAGGGCCACUCGCACCCCGGCUCCCCGCUCUUCUUCAGCCACGUCAGGAUCAAACUGGCCGACAGUGUCUUGGAACGCAAGAGGAUCUCCGCCGCUCGGGAAAGGAAGGCAACCAAGACCCUGGGGAUCAUCCUGGGGGCCUUUAUCAUCUGCUGGCUGCCCUUCUUCGUGGCGUCUCUGGUCCUUCCCAUCUGCCGGGACUCCUGCUGGAUCCACCCGGCCCUCUUUGACUUCUUCACCUGGUUAGGCUAUUUAAACUCCCUCAUCAAUCCCAUCAUCUACACUGUGUUCAACGAAGACUUCCGGCAAGCAUUUCAGAAAGUGGUCCAUUUCCAGAAAGCCUCCUAGUCUAACUUGGUGGUGGUGACUCUUGCUAGCUUUUGUGUCCAGUGACCCAACUGGGAUUGUCUUUGUUGGUUUUUCUGAGACUCGGGUUAAUUCAUGAUCUCUUGGGCCUUGGGGCAAUCAACCAUUGUUCUGUGCUCUGUUUUCUGUGUCGUCUUCUCUUCUGAGUCACCCAAAGCCGGGCUGCUGUGUGAAGGGGGGCAGGACCGAAGACUUCCCUUAACUUAAUAUUUCCAAGGUUCCUCUGGGGUGGAAGAAACAUGACCCACGGGAUUCAGGUGAGCAACAGAUGCUGCAGGGAAGAUGCCAGGCGCAGAGAGAAGGUUUUGUGGGCUCCCUGCAAUUUGCAAGAGGCUUAGUGGAGGGUGGGUAAGAUUAAUGACCUGAAUUGGAAGAGAGCUGGAAGCCAGGAGAGAGGGGCUCCUCCCCUUGGCAUGCCCCAGUUAGAAAAUAGCACCAGGACUUUCUUCCCCCGUCUCCUUACCCUGCAUCUUUCCCAGCUGUUUAUGUGGAGAGAGGCAGCGAGGACAUAGUAAUUGAAGAAGAAUCCAGAAAGUGGGGCAGGGGAACCAAUGCACUUUUCCUUCUUCCCAGUACCCCAGACCAUUUUGGGUUAAAAACCAUGAUCACCCCACUAAAGAUUGGACUCCCCUCCAAGUUUUUAGAGGGCUGAAUUCUCCCAAUCUGAUUUUUUUUCCUAGAUUAAUUUUUUACAUUCCAUUCUCAUUAGAGAUCUUAAAGUAUUGAGUCUUAUCAAAUAAAGAGCACAAAACAUCAUGGCCAGUACAUCUUUGGGUGAUUUUGAUGUAAACACUAUUUACUCAGGGGCCGGAAAGAUAGCUCAGCAAACUAAAACACUUGCU